AACAAAUAGCACACUUGACGUGGCGUACUACUGUGCUCAAGUUAAUCGCGGUUCUACCUUGUACCACGUAGUAUAUCUUAAAAUCUUCGAUUCAUUUCGAUCGAAAGGAAACUUUUAAUUAAUUUUCACUUAAAAAUGUCUAUUGUUGAACAAUCGGUUGUAGGACAGGAAAUUGUUGUACCACCAAGUUUGCCGGUUAUUCUGAAACAAUUUUGCAAGGCGGCUAUUCGAACGCAACCGUACGAUCUAUUAAAAUGGUCCAGCUCGUAUUUUCGAGCGUUGGCCGAUGGAGAGGAACCACCGACGAAAUUAAGAUUAGAAUAUCCACCACCGUGUACUGCUUCCGGUUUAACUUUUGGCUUUAUACGAGUUUUACUCCGUCAAUUUGGAGAUUAUAAUAAAUCGUUACCUGUGGAAACGAUUCUACGCCGAUGGGACUGUUUAUGCUUAGACCGACGGGACCUGAACUUAAUUAUGAUGAUUGGAAAAUUUCGUCGAAAGUGUCAGGUGAAGAAAUUCUUGGCAAUUGCUGUUGGCCUUUUAGGCUCUAGCCUCUUUGAAACGAUGAUCAUGAUCUGCGAAUUAUUCACUCACGAACCUGAGGGUGGUUCAGCUAUGGUUCCCGUCACGUUAUUUAUGGAGAUCUAUGGUUACUUGGCAGGACUUCGUUGCGACGGUAGCGAAAGGGAUUCCUCUGACGAGGAUCCGACUGAAUUUAUCAUACGUGACAAUGUAUCCUCUGCUAGCCAAGAAUCCAAAUCUUCUGAAGAAAAAUCUGUAGAUCGUGUUUGUUCAGUCGCUAGUCAGGACACAGAGGCUGAUGUGAAUUUCGACUUGGAAUUAGUGUCUAGAGAUGAUGUAGAUUCUUCGAGAACCGAUACAAUGCCACAAUUGAUUGAUUGUUAUACUGGGGAGAAAAACGAGGAAAAUAAAACGUCGGAACGGGAUACUUCUAAUAAAGAAGCAUUGAAAGUGAAGAAGAGCAAUGAAACUUCUGUCACAGAAGCAGAGUCUAGCAAGAAAUCUGAAUCGAGCGGGGGAAAGGAGUUGAAUAAGGAUGAAAAUGGAUCCGCGAAGAGCGCGUCCAGCUGUAGCACUACGGAAGAGAAUACAACUAAAAAUCAAAGUGCUCGAAGUACAGGGGAUAAAUCUGCUAAUGAAAGAAGGCGGAAAAAGAAGACUGUAGACUCUAAGUUAGUCAAAUAUUAUCCAAAUAUUCCUGGUAUUGGACCACGUCUUUCGGCUGAAGAAGUAGCAAGCGUGGCAAUAUGGAUGAGCGAAUGCGCAAGAGUACAAGAAGGCAUGGUUGGCCCGCGAAACCUUCGUCAUAUGAAUUGUCCACCUUUAGAUAGACAAGAAAUAUCAGAAUCAUGACGAAUCAAAAGAUAAUUCUAAGCGUCAAAAGUAUAACACUAGAUUGUUACAAUUAUUGUUGUAUUUAAUAAAAU